AGCGCCGCCGAGACGGACCCGGGAGCCGGAGCCGAGGCCGCCGCUGCCGCCGCCGCCUGGGGCUUCGUGCACGGCGGGCCGGGGCCCUGCGCCCGCGCUCCCACCCGGAAAAGUUUCCGCAGCCCGAGCUCCGUGGGAGCCCUGAGUCCUGCUCCAUCUGGCCCUCCCUGGCUUGGCCACAUGCUCCCACCCACCGACCCCAGGGCUCAGCACACCAAGCAAAAGCCUGGGACCAAAGGCCUUCUGACCAGGCACAGGCAUUGAACAUCUAAGAGGGAAGUGGGAUUCCCCGGGCUCUGCCCGCCCACCCCAUGGAGCUGAGGCCCUGGUUGCAGUGGACCGUAGUGGCAGCUUUGAUUCUUUUGGUUGGAGAGGUCCUCACCCAGAAGGUUUACACCAACACCUGGGCUGUGUUUAUCCCCGGGGGCCUAACUGAAGCAAAUAGAGUGGCCCAAAAGCAUGGAUUCCUCAACCUGGGACCGAUUUUUGGGGACUAUUACCACUUCUGGCACCGUGCGGUAGUGAAACGGUCACUGUCACCCCAUCGCCCCCGUCACAGUCGACUACAGAGGGAACCGAAGGUGCAGUGGCUGGAGCAGCAGGUGGCAAAGCGUCGGAAGAAGCGAGAUAUAUACAUGGAGCCCACUGACCCCAAGUUUUCCCAGCAGUGGUACCUGGUUGGCCCUGCUCACCAUCACCACAGAGAGGCCGGGAGAGUGCCGUAUGGUGCGAACCAGCGAGACUUGAACGUUCGAGGGGCCUGGUCCCAAGGCUACACUGGCCGAGGCAUUGUGGUUUCUAUCCUGGAUGAUGGUAUUGAGAAGAACCACCCUGAUCUGGAGGGCAACUAUGAUCCUGGUGCCAGCUUUGAUGUCAAUGACCAGGACCCUGACCCCCAGCCUCGUUACACACAGAUGAAUGACAACAGGCAUGGCACCCGAUGUGCUGGUGAGGUGGCUGCCGUGGCCAACAAUGGAAUCUGUGGUGUUGGUGUUGCCUACAAUGCCCGAAUUGGAGGUGUGCGCAUGCUAGAUGGAGAGGUGACUGACGCUGUGGAGGCACGUUCUCUGGGACUAAAUCCCAACCACAUCCACAUCUAUAGUGCCAGCUGGGGCCCUGAGGAUGAUGGGAAAACUGUGGAUGGGCCAGCCCGCUUGGCUGAGGAGGCGUUCUCCCGGGGAGUCACUCAGGGCCGUGGGGGUCUAGGAUCGAUUUUCGUCUGGGCCUCAGGCAACGGGGGCCGGGAACACGACAGCUGCAACUGUGACGGCUACACCAACAGCAUUUAUACCCUAUCCAUCAGCAGCACCACCCAGUUUGGUAACGUGCCCUGGUACAGUGAAGCCUGCUCCUCCACCCUGGCCACCACCUACAGCAGUGGCAACCAGAACGAGAAGCAGAUUGUCACGACAGAUCUGAGGCAGAAAUGCACGGAUUCCCACACUGGCACCUCCGCCUCCGCCCCCCUGGCAGCUGGCAUCAUUGCCCUCACCCUGGAGGCCAAUAAGAACCUGACAUGGCGUGACAUGCAGCAUCUGGUGGUCCAGACCUCCAGGCCCGCUCACCUCAAUGCCAAUGACUGGGCUACUAAUGGUGUUGGGCGCAGAGUUAGCCAUUCAUAUGGUUACGGACUCCUAGACGCAGGAGCCAUGGUAGCAUUGGCCCGGAAUUGGACCACAGUAGGCCCACAGCGCAAGUGCCUCAUCGACAUCCUCACUGAGCCUACGGACAUAGGGAAACGGUUGGAGGUAAGGAGGAAGGUGACUGCCUGCCAGGGAGAGGCUAACCAUAUCACCCGGCUAGAACACGCCCAGGCCAGACUCACCCUGUCCUACAACCGCCGUGGAGACCUGGCCAUUUACCUCAUCAGUCCCAUGGGCACUCGCUCUACCUUGCUGGCUUCCAGACCUCAUGACUACUCCGCUGAUGGGUUUAAUGACUGGGCCUUUAUGACUACCCAUUCCUGGGAUGAGGACCCUGCUGGGGACUGGGUCCUAGAAAUUGAAAACACCAGUGAAGCCAACAACUACGCAGGAACGCUGACCAAAUUCACCCUCGUGCUAUAUGGUACAGCCACGGAGGAGCCCGAUCUCUCUACGCCAUCUGAAAGCAUUGGCUGCAAGACCCUAGCUUCCAGCCAGACUUGUGUGGUGUGUGAAGAAGGAUUUUCCCUGCACCAGAAGAACUGUGUGCGGCAUUGUCCCCAAGGAUUUGUCUCUCAAGUUGUCAACACACAGUACGGUAUAGAGAACAACAUUGAGCCCAUCCACGCCAACGUCUGCUCCCCUUGCCACCCUUCGUGUGCCACGUGCAAGGGAACGGAGCCCACAGACUGCCUCAGCUGCCCCAUCUUCUCCGACUAUGACCUGGUGGAGUUGACUUGCACCCAGCAGCGGCAGGCUGGCUUCAAGUCCCCGGGGCUCCCUCACAGUGAAGGACUGCUGCCUUCGCACCUGCCCGUGGUUGUGGCGGGCCUGAGCUGCGCCUUCAUUGUUUUGGUCUUCAUCAUUGUCUUCCUGAUCCUUCAGCUGCGCUCCGGCUUCAGCUUCCGGGGGGUCAAAGUGUACUCGCUGGACAGUGGUAUCAUAUCCUACAAAGGGCUGCCCCCUGACGCCUGGCAGGAGGAAUGCCCUUCCGAGUCCGAUGAGGACGAGGUCCGGGGCGAGAGGACUGCUUUCAUCAAGGACCAGAGUGCCCUUUGAUGAGCACCAGAUCUUCCCCCCCUUUACUUGACUCUCCUGGUCACACCUUCCACCCCCCUCCUCGGGCACUUUUUAAUUCACCAAAGUAUUUUUUUAUAUCGGGACUUGGGUCAGGUCCCCCAGCCCAGGGGAGGGUGUGGAGGGGUAGGGUCCGCCUGCUCCCCUCUCAUGCUAGCCGGGGAGCCCUGAGGAUCCCAACCUGCCGCCUCCAAAGCGGGGUAGAAGGCUGGGACACAUACCAGCUUUUCUGUGGGACGUGCUCUGGGGCAGAAGAGGCAGGGGACAGGGAGCAAAGUCGGUCUUUGAGGCAUUUCCUAUCACCGGGGGGGGGGGGGCCGCUAUGCCACAUCCUUCCCCCACCCCAAACCCACCUUUGCCGGAGGAGGAAAUGAGACAUUGGGGCAGUGACUGCCCCCUUUCCAGUUUCAGAUGUACUUAGAAUGAGGCUGCUGUGGCGGGGAGGUUUGUGUGGGGAGAGAAGGGAGGGAAAGUAGAUUCUUUGUCACAGCCCUCCCUUCUAUAAUUCUUUGGGUGCCCCUGCUUCCCUCCAGGCCCAGCUCUUUCCAGCUGCUCCAGUCCCUUCUAAAGCAAUAAUGGUCCCAACCCAGCCAGCAGGAGGAGGCACCGAGCAGUUGUCUGGCAUCUGCCUGGGAGUCUGGGGGCAACUGGAGGACGCCUCUGCAAGGGUUCUUGUCCCCUCCAAUUUUCCAUCCUGGCCUGUGUCCUUCCCCAAAAAGCCACAGGCUAUGGUGGCCUGCGCCAUAUAAGUGAUUGUCCUAGGAAGGGACCAAGGAAGGGCAGGUGCUUUCAAAAGGUGUGUGUGUGUGUGUGCACAUCUGUGCGUGUGCAUGCUCUAGAGAGAGAGAAAGAGAGAGAGAGAGAGAGUGUGUGUGUGUGUGUGUGUGUGUGUGUGUGUGUGUGUGUGUGUGUGUGUGUGUAAGGACCCUCCUCUACCCCUGCCUCUUUGUGUUCCUGGACCACCCCAUCCCUCCCACACACAUCUCUGCACCUUGUGCCUCCAGCACUGCUUCCCAGAAGCCCGGGCGAGCUCAGUACCGUCCACUCAGCCAGGCUGGCAGCAGGUGCCAGGGCACAGCUCCAGCAAUGAGCAGAGCUGGUCGUGUCCGGUUCCAUCCUUCUUCCUGCCCUCCUGCUGUGCAGGGAGACCAGAGGCCCCUUGUACAGCCAGGGACUUCUUCCUUGUUUUCUGAGCCCGGGGCUUUCUGGGCUGUUCCCCCUCACAGCUCUGAAGCCCCUGGGUGGAGGGGAGGGAGAUCAUCCCCAGAACCCCUCCCCCUCAUCCUACCUGUUUUUCCCCACCCCACCAAUGCUGCUUUCCCCUGUGGGGAUCUCAGGGGCCGUUCGAGGAUAUAUUUUCACUCUGUGAUUUCACUUUAGAUGCUGAUUUUUUUGUAUUUUUAACUUGGGGUAGCAGCCGGAACACCCAUACCGUCUGUCCUGCUGUUCCCCUCUCCACCACCCUGGCCCUGGUGGGAAAACUGAGUGACCGAGCUCAGGACAGGGCAUUGGUCAGGGGGAGAAGUGAUGAUAGGGGGUCAUAUGGGGUGGAGGGAGAAAAAGGAGUAUUUUUUUUUUGUUAAGAACAAUGGUUGGUAGUGCCAAGGGCUCAUGGGUCAUUCAUUUCUCCUUGUGCCAGGGCUGAAAAGUGAGGGGGUAGGUAGGCAGUGGCAUAAGGUUCGCCAACCCCCUUUCCACACUGUGCCUAAUGGGAAAAAGCACUGACCUAUUGAGUUUCCUACCCCCACCCAUACAUCCUGAUCUCCCUCUUCUGAUGUGCCUUUUGCACCUCCCUCUCCUCCCCCCAUUAGGACAAUCAGAAUCAUCUCCCACCUGGGAGUCCUUGCUUUCUUCCCAAUCCCUUAGGAGUUAACCAGCCACCAGGGUGAGAGGCAGUCAUCUCUCCCGGCCAGGAACAUGCCUGGUGUUUCCAUCCUCCUUCUCCAUUGUCCUCCCAUGGCCGGCCCGGGCUGGUUUUGUAUGAUACCGGGUUUGGUGCACAGUGAUUUUUCUUGUAAUUUAAACAGGCCCAGUGUGGUGGGUUCUAUUUAAUGGACGCGAGAUGAUGUUAGAGGUUUUUAAGUGAUUAAAUGUGCAGACUAUGCAAAA